AUGGCGGCACUCGGGCGGCUGGGCACCGUCGCUCGGGUCAGAGCAAUACCAUCAGCCUCACGCCCCACUGCCCGCCGACACAAGUCGCACAAGCCCCUCGCCCCGCCGCCAACCAACACCGUCCAAGCCGAGCUUCGGCGGAUAGGCGAGCUCCGCCGGCGCGCAGGGGCGGAGAACAGCCGUGUCGCCAAGGCGGCCUUGAUCGCCGAGUACUCUGACCUUCGGGACCUCCUCGAGCUUGUGUACGACCCCUCCACGCGGUUCGGGGUCAAGUCGGGUACGGUGAAAGAGUUCCUCGGCGGACAGUGGGACGGCGACGCGCCGGCGUCGCUGAGCGAGCUGUUCCGCUCCAUGGCGGCACGUGAAGCUGGCGAUCCCAGCGCACGGGGCGCCGUGGCGAACUUCUGCGCCGCCCACGGGAUAGUGGCCAACGGGCGGGUCGACGAGGCCCUGUGGGACGAGUUUGCGCGGCUGCUCGAUCGGAACUUGAAAGCGGGCUUCAACCAGGCCUUUCUGUCCAAGGUGCCGUGGAAGGAAGACGGCAGGAAGAAGAAACGGGCAGUGACGCCGACGAUAGUCCCGGCAACGGACGACGGCAUCCCGCGCUUCUCGUGCGCGCUCGGCAAGCCGAUCCAUCCGCCCUUCGACGAGGUCUUCUCCCCGGGCGCGCGAGCCGCCAAGGUACACACGAGGUGGUUUGCGUCGCGCAAGCUCGACGGCGUGCGGUGCCUCGCGCUUGUGGACGUGCGCGUGUCGACCCGGCGCGCAGAAGUGCUCGACGUGCGGUUCGUCUCGCGGUCCGGAAACGAGUUCACGUCGCUCGGCCUGCUCAGGGAGCAGCUGAUGGUGCUCGGUGACGUGCCGGGAUUCCGGAAGUUGGUCAACCGGGAUACGGCGUUGCGGACGGAAUCUGGCGGGGAGGUCAAGCGCCUCGUGCUUGAUGGCGAGGUGGCCCUCAUGCGCGACAAGACGCCCGAGGAGGCGCAGAGCAGCGGCGGCGACUGGGCGACGCCGGCUAUGCCAGGCGACGGCGUUGAAGACUUCAACGAGACCGUGUCGUGGGUGCGCAGGCUGCGCGACCAGGUACCCGACCCGCGCUUCUUCCUCUUCGACGUGUUGACCUGGAGCGAGGUUGCGUCCGGCCAGGGGGAGCGUGUGUUCUCCAAGCGGACGGCGGAGGCCGAGGCGCUGGCGGUCGGCCUGGCGGAGGUGCUUAAGACGAAAGGCGUCGAUACGCCGUUCGUGCGUGCUCUGCGCCAGAGGGAGGUGACGGCCCGCGCCGAGGUCGAGGAUUUCGUCGAGCGCGCCACGAGGGAGGGGUGGGAGGGGAUCAUCCUCCGUGCUGAUAGGGGAUACAAGGGCAAGCGGAUUGCCGACAUCUACAAGUGCAAGCGGUGGCAGGACGCAGAGUACACCGUCGAAUCCGUCGACACGUCGCGUCAGCGCCUAUCAGUGGACGGGGUAUACGGCGAGCACGACGCCUGCGCGAACGUGUGGAUCACGCAUGAGGGCGUGCGGGUCAGCGUCGGGACGGGGUUCACGACUGAGCAGCGGCUGCGGUACGGCCGGCAUCCCGAGGACAUUAUUGGAAAGCAGAUCACGGUCGAGUUUUUCACCGAGUCGUCUGGCGGGGGGAGGGGCAAGGAGGAGAAGAGUUUGCGAUUUCCGCGCGUUAAGGCUGUGUGGGAGGAGGGCAAGCGCAGGAUUUGA